UUCUUUUGAUAUGAAAGGUAACUGAGAGACUCGAUUCGAAGGAAUAACACAAGAUGGCAGAUGGUAGUGAAAAUGGAAUCUGUUCUAUUCACAAGAUGCCUCUUGAUCAAGAUUGUGUAACACACAAGACACAAAUCUGUUCAGGGUGUAACAUCGUGGAACACUCAACCUGUCAGAAAGUCGAACCACAGAUUCCUCUCCAGAGCUUUGUGUCUGCUGUCUCCAGAGUCUGUGAAUUGCUAGACUGUCAGCUGAACAUGCUAGGUGAGGAAAAACAGACAGCUGACAACCUCGUAAAAGAAACAUGUCGGACGUAUAAAGAGAAAAUAGACAAGUUAGAACAACGUUCCCUACAGGACAUCGAAAAUGGUUUUCACAAGCAGACGACUCAGCUACAAGGGUUAAUAGAGAAGUUAAGGAGCUCUAUGAACGUCAAAUCAGAUGUACAAGAAGUCGAAAAUACUACAAAUGAGAUACUGAGAUCUUGUUUAAUAUCUAAGCUAACUGCCAAGGAAAGAGAUCCACAGUUUACAGUUCUCAGUAAAAUAGCAGAAGAUUUUCUUAGAAGAGAGACUCCAUCCUAUCUUCUUAAGUUCCAAAUUUCCGAAACUUUUGAUGAGGUUAUUUCCCAGCAUGAAAAUGUUGGUAGGAUUUUAUUAUGUAAUUUAAUGAAAGAUGACCAGGUUUCAGAGAAAGAGCAGAUAUCAAUGAAGGAUUUUGAACAAAGUUUGCCUAGGCAGCCCACGGCCCCAUUGCAGUCUGAUCCAGUUAGCCCUCCUUCUUACGAGGAAAUAAUUCAAAGACAAGACAAAGUUGGAACAGUAGGAUUCAACUCUCCUUUUAUGUCCAAUACAAGCAUCCAGCCUCAUGAUGCUGCUAUUCCAACACCUUCACCUGUUAACUAUGGCGGGGUUUAUCCUCCUAUGCCCUCUCCACAGCAGGGUUUUGGCUGUGAUAACACAUCAGGUCAAAAUUUCCUUGGACCUUACAAAGAUCUGUCUAUGGGCCGUGAGACUUAUGAUCAACCCUUUCAACAGAGUAUUGUAAAGCAAUGUGAGGGACCAGCCGUCUUAAAAAAUUUUCGAAAAGCUCCAAGCGGACCUCCAAAAAAGCUAAAAUUUCUGUCAAACAUCAAUCCUAGACGUAUGGAUGAAAACGAACCAGUUGAGAUAUCAGGGAUUACUUUUCUGGCGAACGGGAAUAUUGUGAUCACUGAUAAGGCAAACCUUAAACUGAAGAUUUAUGAUGACAUGAAAGUUCUGCGCUGGCAAAGAAUACUUGAUUCUAAACCCUAUGACGUCACACAAGCCCCAACAGGUGAUAUUGCUGUUGCAUCCCCAAAAGAACACAGAGUUAACUUUUUUAGGUCACAUAACCUUUCCCCUGUUCUAAAUGCGGUGGUUACAAAUCCAGACUCAAAAUGUUUUGGUUUAACUUCAAGUGAUGAGUACCUUUUUGUCACAUGGAAAGAAAGUAAUGGUUCUGAAAGCAUUCGUAUUUAUAAUGAACAAUACUCUGAACUUCGAAAACUAAGUAUACCCGCCGAACGUUCUAUGGCCGUAGAUCCAACAACUCUGGAUCUUUUUUACAGAGUUUUGAAUUUUGGCAACGACCAAAUCAAGUGUACCAAUGCCUUCAGCGACGCCAAAACAAAAUGGAAAAUUAAGAUUCAAGAUCCAUUAAUAGAAGGGAUGGCACUUUUAAAAUCCGGAAUUCUUGUAUCAUCUUACUCUGGAGUAAGUUUUGUAGAUUUUAGAGAUCACAGUUUUACGUCACUUUUGAAACUAAAAGAUGCAAGCCACCUAUCUGUAAACCGAGAUCGGUCAAAGGUUGCAAUGGUGAUUAAUGAAUGUAGUCUAACUGACGAUAAGAAUGAUGUUUUACAGCUGUAUGAUAUAAUUUACUGAGAACUUUAUUGGGAUGAAUGGGCGGAAUUGUUCAAUAUUCCUGGAUUUUACAUUGAAUACCUUAAAUGAUACAUUUCUCACGUUUCCUACAUAUCUCUGAUAUCUACGCACCAUUCAGUUUAUAUGUGUCGUGUGUAUAGUAUUGUCACUCGAAUGUGUAUAUAUAUUUCAGUUUGUGACUAGCAUGAAUUAUAACAAUUGACUGGUAGUAUUAUACAUAUAUAUGACUUUGAUAUCAUUGAGUUGUAUAAAUUUCAAGAUACAUACCGCAAGAGGAUUUUUUGUUUAACAUUACAAAAAUACUAAUACUCAGUUGAAAUCUCUUUUUAAGUACAUGUAUUUGUCAUUUUCAGUGUAAAGUCCAUGACAUUUUUCUGUGAUUUAUAUAAAUUAUAAUAUAUUGGAAAAUAUAUUUGAUAAUUUAAUUAAAGAAUUCUCUUAAGGAUGACGUUUAUGACAGAAAUGGAAUGCUAUAAAGCACAAGAUGUUAAUUCAAAAAUUGUUUUUGAUGGACACAUUAAAUAUGUUUUAAAUCAAUAUCAGUUUAAAAAUUUGAUAUUUUCUUAUUUGAAAAAAUAUGCAAGAACAAAACAAAAAUUUAUUGUGAUGCAUAGGA